AUGACACCUUUUAGGGUCUACCUGGGAAAAAAGACCGUCCAAGACAACUGGGGUGAAUUGAUUUUCAGAAACAGUACUCGUAGUGAAUGUAACCACAGAGGUGUUAUUUUGACUCCUGUUGUGACUAGGCUCCUGGCGUCACUGAUUCCUCGUCGUUUUACGGUAGCAUGCGAAACAUUGACUCGUAAGAACCAAGCGGUAUUUCGACCGGGCGCAGGCUGUGUUAACCAUGUCUUCACACUCCGUCAGGUGUUAAAGCAACGCCUUAUGCACAAACGACCCACAAUCUUGGUAUUUCUUGACUUCGAGAGUGCGUUCGAUUCUGUCGAUCGGUCAGUGUUGUUAGCUGCACUUGCUUCACAGGGUAUACCCAAGAAUUGUGGCGUCUGUUUCAAGCAGUCAGACUACAUAUGUCCCUGCUGUGGAAUUCAUCACUGCUCACUAACUUGCUACCAUAUUGAGGAGCACAACCAAUAUUCAGGAGCGUUUUAUCGCGACCGCUGUAUCGAUUCGAUGCGGAGCCGCUUCUCAAACGCCAACAGCCGCAGUCGCAUGUUGGAUAUACUCCGUCGCGAGGCUGGUGCAUCUAAAACCAUUUAUCGCGACACCGAUGACUCACGCGUCUCUAACGGUCCGGAAGACAACGAAUUUAUUGAGUCGGAAGUUGGAGGUGAUGAUCGGGACCCAUGCGAGCGGUGCGUUUCCACAGGACAUCUCAUUGUAAUAACUCAGUUUCGCAAGUUCGGCUUCAGUGUAUACCGACAUCUACAGUUAGCUCUCAAUGUUGAAUUCAUCAGUUCCCGAAGCUUUUCGUUGUUCGCAUAA